GGAAGUGGAAGUGGGGCGACUGCCAAUCAAUCCGGGUCCUUCCAUCCGUCAUAUCCAGAGUUUGAGAAAAGCCGAACGCACGCGAAAUCAAAAACUACCGAUUUGCUUGGCACAUUUAGGACAGGACUGAAGGGGUCUCAAUGCAGGGAUGGCUCCACGGAUGGAUGAUGUCAUGCGUCUGUGCUGUGAAUUAUCAGCUCACGAUCAGAUCAAGGUGGCUGUGAAAAGCUCCACCAAAGGAGCCAUGGUGGCAGGAGGAACUGCCUUCGUAGGCGGGCUGCUCGGUGGGCCUCCGGGCAUUGCAGUUGGGGGAGCAGUAGGAGGUCUGCUGGGCAGCUGGCUGACCAGCGGCCAGUUCCGGCCUCUGUUUCAGAUCCUGAUGGAGAUGCCCCCCGCCCAGCAACAGAAGCUCUGCGACCACAUCCAGACCGUCCUGGGGAACCUGAGCUGGAUGGACGCGGCCCAGCUCAUCUCCCUGGUGAUGGGCAACGCCACUCUGCAGCAGCAGGUCACCGCCGCGCUGGUCAGCUACAUCACACAGGAACUCAAAGCAGAGGUGCGCUAUCAAGACUGAGUUCCAGUUCCACACAGACUUCAUAUAUUUUUUUUUCAGGAUGGUCCGGCCUGCCAAACACAACCAGAGUCCUCUGCGACAGGUUUUUGUACUCCAUUGGAAAAACGGAAUCAUGGAUGUUUUACUUUCUCAACUGGGGCAAAUGGAGAAGUUAGCCUUUGCUAUUUUCAGAGUGUGGAAUGUAACCAGGUACAUUCACUCAAGUACUGUAUUAAGUACAAUAUAUAUUUAUUUGGCAGAAUCAGAUUUAUAAAUACAAAAUUUAAAUCAACUAAUAAAUUAUGAGCUAUCAUUAUAUGUUAAGCUACCCAGCAGUAUAUCUGUUAUCCUUUAUCUGCUGUAAUAUUAGAGAUGCUUACGCAGUAAUGAACCGCCAAUUAUAAUCCAGUGAUAUUAUAGAUAUUGUUCUGAAAGAGUACUUUAACUAUCGGUAUUUUGGUAGUUUAUUUUAAUUUCAAUACUUCAGUAAAAGAUCUGAGUACCUUAUCCACCACUGCCUUAACAUGAAAGAAAUCACAGUCCCCAUAGAAAGCUAUCUGCGUUACUCAAUCAUGAAUAAAUACUGACAUUAGCACCAAUUAUGUUUUGUACAACAGAUGCCAAAUUUCCUCUGUUGUUUUUUUUAACUCUGUAAAAUAUCGUGCCUCUGGAUCUCCUUAUUCCCACACUCUGUAUCAGCAUGUUUUAAUGUACAUCUGCUUAGGAACUUCAAAUAAAGUACACUUUUUUUCAGCAA